AUGGGGAAGAAGAAGGAGAGGUCGGUGAAUGUUUCCGGCAAGCCGAAGCACUCGCUGGAUGUCAAUCGGAGCAAUGGCAAAGCUAAAUCCAGCAAUGGGCGGAGCGCCGCCACGGUGCGGCGGCUAAAGAUGUACCAGACGCGCCCGACGCGCGACGCCAAGGGCAAAAUCCUGAAGCACGACUUGCAGUCGAAGGAACUUCCGUCCACUCGGAUUAUGCCUGAUCGCCGCUGGUUUGGCAACACUCGUGUUGUGAAUCAGAAACAGCUAGAGUGUUUCAGGGAGGAGCUUCAAAACCGUAUGUCAAGCAGUUACAAUGUGAUUUUGAAGGAAAGGAAGUUACCCAUGUCCCUCUUGAAUGAUCAUCAAAAGCAAGCAAGAGUUCAUCUCCUCGACACAGAGCCUUUCUCUGAUGCUUUUGGUCCUAAGACAAAGAGGAAAAGACCAAAACUUCUGGCAUCUGAUUAUGAAUCAUUAGUUAAGAGAGCUGAUGGUUCUCAAGAUUCUUUUGAAGAAAAACAUGGUGCUAGUACGUCUGCUGAAGGAGGUGAAGAUGGCUUCAGAGAUCUUGUUCGGCACACAAUGUUCGAAAAGGGGCAAAGUAAACGCAUAUGGGGAGAGCUUUACAAAGUGAUAGACUCUUCAGAUGUUGUUGUGCAGGUUCUAGAUGCCAGGGAUCCCCAAGGUACAAGAUGUUACCAUUUGGAAAGGCAUCUGAAGGAGCACUGCAAGCAUAAGCACAUGAUCCUUCUAUUGAACAAGUGUGAUCUCGUUCCAGCUUGGGCAACAAAAGGAUGGCUUAGAAUUCUGUCAAAGGAAUACCCGGCCCUUGCUUUCCAUGCAAGCAUAAAUAAAUCAUUUGGAAAGGGUUCUCUUCUCUCAGUAUUAAGACAAUUUUCCCGUCUGAAAAGUGACAAGCAAGCUAUAUCUGUGGGAUUUGUUGGAUAUCCAAAUGUUGGGAAAUCGUCAGUUAUCAAUACUUUACGUACAAAGAAUGUCUGCAAAGUUGCUCCUAUUCCUGGGGAGACCAAAGUAUGGCAAUACAUAACACUCACAAAGAGGAUCUUUCUGAUUGAUUGCCCUGGGGUUGUUUAUCAAAAUAAGGACACUGAAACCGAUAUUGUCUUGAAGGGAGUGGUUCGAGUGACAAAUUUACACGAUGCUGCUGAGCAUAUUGGUGAAGUUCUGAAACGCGUCAAACGGAAGGACCUGUUGAGAGCUUAUAAGAUUAGCGAGUGGGAGGAUGAAAAUGAUUUCCUCGUUCAGCUAUGCAAGUCGAGUGGGAAACUUCUGAAGGGUGGUGAGCCUGACUACAUGACUGCUGCAAAGAUGAUUCUGCACGAUUGGCAAAGGGGUAAAAUACCCUUUUUCGUGCCCCCACCAAAGCAAGAGGAUGAUGUUAUAACAGAGGAGCCCAGUGAAGAAGGGAAAGAUGAUGCUACUGAUGAUGAUAAAGCAUUAGCCGCAAGAAAAGCUAUUGACGACGUUAUAUCGUCCCAAAAGAUAGAUGAAAUUCCAAUUCAAGAGGAUCUCUUUAGCGAGCAGGACUUGAUUGGUGAUGAUGAUGACUCGAACAAAAAUCUCGUGGACACCGAGUCUUAG